AUGGAUUUCCUACAACCAAGGGCUAAGCCGGUGACAGACAUCUUCACUAAUGAUAUGCCAAUAGAUCGAAGAAAAUGCCAACGAGUCGUUCCAAUGAAAGUGCUUGUCUUGGGAGUUGGACGAACAGGUACUGCCUCUAACCCUUCGAGCCGCUUUAAACACCUCGGCUAUUUGGAUACAUACCGCGUGAUGUCUGCCAGUGUGGAAAACCCUCCUAACUACGCAAUGUGGUAUGAUGCAUUGACAGCUAAAUUUUGCGACUGGCCAGCUGUAGCAUUUGACAGGGAAUUGAUUAGCACCUAUCCAGGUGUUAAUGUGAUUUUGACCGACAGAGAUAUCGACAAAUGGCAUGCAUCUACUAUGAAAACUGUUUAUUGGCGAGUUACGGACCCAGAGCUUCGCUACCUACCCUAUAUCGACUGGGCAUCUGGUCUGUACUACCCAAUGCUUCGGAAAUUCUUCGACACAUUCUUCGAAGGCACUUUCCCAACGACAGGUAAAGACGUAUACCGCCGCCAUUACGCGGACAUCUGUAGUCUGGUUCCUCCAGAGAACCUGUUGGAGUAUCAGAUCCAAGAUGGGUGGGGUCCACUGUACGAGUUUCUAGGCCGUGCCCGCAGCCGCAAAAGAAAUCAACGACAAAUGCUGGAUGUGGCGCUUCCCUUCACGGUAGGGAUGAUGUUGGUUUGGAUUGGGGUCGAUCUAGUUCUGUGUAUCGUUUAUUGA